AUGUCUUCGGCUUCCGGAUCUUCUUCCACCUCGUCUGAGGGCACAUCAGCACCAACGCAAGUUGCUCACAACCCUAUGGAGGCUCUUCAAAGCUCACUGGCUUCGGGCAAGUUUUCGGACCUCACCAUCACGCACGGUAACCAAAGCUGGAGCGCCCAUCGAGUAGUUGUAUGCUCUCAAUCUUCAGUCCUGGAAUCGAUGAUUAUGGCUGCUGAGAGUCCGAAUAUUCUCCGCCUUGAUAAGUACGACUACGAGGCUGUUUCGAUGAUGAUGGAAUACCUUUACGGCUCCAACUACACCACUCAGGAUUCAGCCCCCCACUUUUCACUUCCGCUCCACAUUUCAAUCUUCAAUCUCGCCGUCGAUCUUUCUAUUCCUGGCCUAAAGUCCCUCGCCGUGUUGAAGUUUCGCUAUAACCUCAAUAACUACGUCAAUGAACCAACAAUAUUCUUCGCUGCUGUCCGGUCGAUCUAUGAGACAACUACACGAGAGAAUCCGGAGCUCCGACUCGCCACUCUUGACGCUGGCAUUUCUGAGCUGAGAAAUAUGUUGAAUGGUCCCCAUAAGCCAGGUUUCUUCAGAUUGACUCAGGAGGUGCCGGACUUUCAAGCGGAAAUCUAUUUGCUGAUGCUGGAGAAUCCUACCAGGCCGAUGGAGGUUAUGGCUCCUGAACUAUGCCAGGAAUGUGGCCCAAGAGAAGAGGGCGAUGGCUAUGAGGUUACUACUGAAUGUAAGGGAUGUGGCGAGGAAAGAACUUUGGCAUUCUACUGA